AGCUUUUAUUACAAGCUUAGGGGGAGUUUAAAAUGAGGACCUCCCCCGAGACGCCUCCAAGCCUCUUCAACGGUGCCUCGCUUUUGCUUUCCAUUUUCAUCACACUCUUUUGCAAGUUACUCUAUCAUUUCUUAAUUAAUACACGGUCUUUUCAGAGCAAGCCUUCAAUAUACCACUAUGUAUCAAUCAAUCGCCCUCCUCUCCAUCCUAGCUAAAAUUGCAUUUGCGGAGCAAACCCUCGAAUUCUUCUUCCCGGGUGGCUAUGAUGGUGUUGCGCCCGUUGCCUCUAUCGUAACCGCCAACCCCACGACUACCGUUCUCGACCUCAGCUGCCCCACAGGCGUCUCCUCCGAAGAUUGCGGUUGGGGCACCGGCAUCCGAUACUCCAUCGUCUCAACAACCAUAUAUGAGGCUACUGUAUCUGUCGAGUCAGCGUCCGCUGUGGAAUUCACCUGCGAUCACAACACCAAGAAAGAGGAAAUGACCUGUAAUGUCUCUAUGGACGGUACGGCGACCAGCUCAGUACUUUCAAGCACCGAGCUUGGGUUCAUUGCUGCGACAGUUACUGCAGGUGGAGAGUUGUUGGGUGCAACAGGAGCUGCUUCGCAGAGCCAGAGCCAGGCUACGAGCAGUGGGUUGAAAACUAAAGCGAGCGCGAGUGCAGCGACCGCUCCUGCGGCUUCGGUUUCGGGAGCGAGCGCUACGGCUUCUGGAGCGAGCGCUACGGCUUCUGGAGCGAGCGCUACGGCUUCUGGAGUGCCUCCAGCGCAAACAACGGCCGCGGCGGUUAGGUUUGGCGUUGAAGGUUCUGCGUUGCUUGCUUUGGUCGGUGCUGCGGCUUUGAACGCUUGGUAGGACGGAUGUAGGACGGAUGCGAGAUGGAGUGGGCAGGGGGUGGGAAAAUAAAGGAGAGGUUAAGAAGUGGUGGAUUCAUAGCCAUGUAUUCAAGAUACCCCUCUGCAUUCCUGGCCAGACAAUCAAUAUUGCGUGGAAUCUCCAUGUCUAGAAGAGCCUUAGUUCACGUCAACCCUACAACUGCAACCAACAACUUAAGC